GUACUACAGAUUGUGUUGCCAUCUCUAUGGUGAUGUUUGUGUGAGAGCAACACAAGAUUUCUGGGAUACAAGGAGUGUUCAGAUUUUACUGUCAGGACUGGAGCCACAAAUAGUUCUAUUUGGCCAAUGCUUUCACCUGUGGAUGCUGCUAUUCCUUCUCUAACUAGAACUGAGAUUAACAGAAGUCAGGAAAUCUUCUGGGCCUGUUGCAAAACAAAACUAGACAUAAUCCAAGCAGGAGGAGUCAUCUGAGGACUGUCAAAGGUCCCCAGAAGAGAAAUGAAGCUCGAGGUCUGUGGAAGAACCAUGGAAAUUCAAACAUGUCCUUGUCUGGAGGAACACUGCAAAGCUGUCAAGGAACAACUAAGUACACAAAGACACUGAACUCCUCGAAACACACCAGUCCAAAUGGCAGAGGAAAACACAUGGACGCACACACAAUUCUGCAACCUACAGAGACACACACACUUCAUCAUCAUGAUGACCCACUACCAAGAUCACCAACUGAGGGCGUGACAGUGCAUGCCAGCUUGAACAAUGACAGAUGUCAGUACAGUCCAGCAGGUGUCCCUGUAAGUGACUGCUGGCUGUGCUUACCUGAUGAAGUGUGGCUGUCCAUCCUGUGUCUGCUGCCUCAUGGGGAUCUGUGCAGACUGAUGCAGGUUUGCCGCCGCCUGCACACGUUGGCUUCUGAUCGCAUGCUUUGGAAAGAUCUCAGGAUUGAAAACUCGUCUUUAACUGACCACUGGUUGCUGAAUGUGGGCAGACGUCAUCCCCACAGUCUGUGUCUGUACAGCUGCAGUGGUCUGUCCGUCUCCACCUGUGGGCUGGAGAGGUUUUUCUCUCUGUGCAGGAAUUCUCUGGAGGAACUCAAGGUCACAAGUUGUGUUGGUCCUGGUCUCCAUGGUGACCAGAUGCUGUCUCUGAUUGGUCAGCUGUGUGCUUAUGUGACCAGUGUGGACGUAAGCUGGAGUGGAGCGACAGACAGAGGAGUGGAAACUCUGAGUGUCUGUGGAACAGGGUUAAAGCUGAGCUCUGUUGUCCUGAAUGGCUGCCAUGUCACUGAUGUCCCUCUUAAAAAAGUUGUCAUGAGACACAAAGAGAGCCUGUGCAGGUUGGAGGUGUUUGGUUGUCAGUUCCUCACUCCAGCUUGUCUGCAAGCAAUAUUUGAGAUGUGCCCUGGCCUUCAGCAUCUAAACAUCGGACGGGUGCCAAAAGUCAAUGUGCACAGUCUCACAGUGAUGGCAUCGCAACUCAAAUGUCUCAUUUCACUGAAUCUCACCGGACUGCAGGUGGUCAAUGAUGCCACAGUGGAUACUUUACUCCAGAACUGUGUCAAACUUCAGAAUCUCACCUUUAGCUCCUGUCCUGAAGUUACUGACCUGACGCUGCAUAACAUCUGCAAAUACCUACCUUCUAUCAGAUCCCUCAAUAUGAGUGGCUGUCCAGCAGUAACAGAUGCAGGCGUUCAGUCUUUGGCUCUGGGCUGCAGGAGACUUCAACAGCUGGAUCUCAGCUCCACUGGAACAGGAAACAGAGGGGUUUCUCUGUUGUCAAGUUACUGCAGUGGCCAGCUUCAAAUUGUCAAACUCAAUUUCUGCCACAUCACCUCAGAGAAAAUACUGAAGCUUUGCAGACACUGCCAGAGAUUGAAGCUGCUGCAUCUCUAUGGCUGUGCCAGUGUCCCCACUGAAGAGGAGAUCAGAGAAGUUAACAGUACUGUUAGAGUUUAUCCUUUGCCCUGACUCAGGCACUAAUGUACAUACACAACUGAAAAGAUAAACACAACAUAUCAAAGAGCCUAAUGUAACAGAUAAUGGACACAAAUCAAAAAAAAACCUUAGCAUUCCAAUAGGGUCUUCGCACCGUUGGUGCUCAGAUCCUAAUAAUAAAGCAUUUUAUAUUUAUUUCCACUGUGACAUUACAAUAAUGGACUAAAUUAGUUUUUCUGUGGUCUGGAAAGACGAUUUCUUACAGAGGUUAUUAGAAAAGCCUUUAAAGUAGUCUAUAUGUGCCUGACUGUGUGUGUUUAGAUAUGGAUUUCAGAUGUGUUAUAAAUUCAUAUCCUGACGUUUAGGGCAUUGAAUAUUUUUUAUCUGUAUAAUGGAGCUGUGUUGGAGGCUUUGAAAGGGCUUUUUGUGUUUUUUAGUUUAGAUGGAGUUCGCUACCUUUUAAUGUUUGCUUUGGGUCAUUAAUAGCCUCUAAGUUAUAAUAAAACUCCACACUCUCUCAUCAGAUCAAGCAGAAAAGAUGUACUUACUGUUAAACUAUGCUGGUUUGUUUGUUUAGCGAGUUAGAGGCAUCUCACUGCUACAUUUAAGAUACAUGCAAGCAUCACUUACAGUGUCUUCCUAUACAUGUGCCACUGAAGAUUAGAUGGGAAUAAUGAACAUUUUGUUGACAUUCAAAGACAUUUGUAGAUUGCAUCUGUAGUAAAUGGCAAACUGUCAAACAAAAGCACAUUAGGAAACAUGUCAGUUGUAUGUUAAUGGUAUUUCAGUGAGGUUUUCUUUAUUGUUUCAAGGUAAAACAAAGUUGUUUUAUCUACUCGCUCCAUCUGCAGCAUUUUGGACACAGUCAUUUUCCUGUUUUUGGUUUGUUUAGAAGUAGUCUUCAACUCUGAUACCAGCCACUGUAGCUGCAUAACUGCAUUUAUCAUGCCAUCUGUGAUAGACAAAUAGUGAAAUCUUUUCACUCAGUUCUGCCUUUAACUGGACACCUUUGCAAAUGAGCCACAAUUGGGUGAUGUGCUGUUUUUUCUUUGUAACAUUUAAAAGCAGAACAGCUUGAUUCUAUACUGACAGUAAUCAAACAUGGUUGAACUGUGUCAACCCCAUAUACAGGAAGGUACAGUAGUCUGACUGCAGACUUGUAAAUGCAUAGAUCACUGUUUGUAGGUUCUUGUGAGAUAAAAUCAGUUUCAGUUUGGUGAUGGUUCUGAGCUGACAAAAGCUGCCUCUCACAAUGCUGCUGCUACAAGUUUGUUAGGUUGAAGGAUGAGUCCAGGAAGAUGCCAACUUUUGUUUGCACAUUUUCAAAGAGGCCAAGAGAGCUAAAAAAAAUAGCUUGUCAGUAGACCAGUGUGGUCAGGUGUAACUGGAGGGUAAAACUGUGUGUUGUCGGUAUAUCAGUGAUAAAAACAGUGAUAUCCUAUAUAGUUUUUAACAUGUAGCCCAGGGGCAACAUAUGCAGAUAAAGAGUGGCCCUGAGAUUGAACCCUGAGGGAUGCCAGGAGAAGAUAAACAGUUGGGUAUUCUGACCGACACCGUUCUGUCUUUCAGAUAGGAGGUAAGUAAUUUUAACACAGUACUUUGAGACCAGUUUCACAUAACAGACGAUUUAAUAGAUAAUUAUUAACAGUAUCAAAUGCUGCUCUGAGAUCAAGUGGAACUAAAUGGCAUGAGAACUUGAAUCAACUGGCAAGAGGAUGCCAUUGUAAACCUUCAACAGAGCCAACUCUGUAUUAUGGAGAGCUUUACUGGUGCCAAACUGUCAGGAGGGGUCUGCAUGUAAGAAAGCCAAGAGGCAAGGGAGGAGUAAGAAUAUAAAAGUGAGGUAUCAGAGGGAAUGAAUCAAAUCCUACAGCUGUAGUCUAACUCCUUUCAACAAUAGUAUUUUUUCAGGCAUGUAGCAGAAUUUUUUAGGUUACUUGCUGGCUUCCAACCAUCUCAAAGGGAAUGUAAUGGUAAAUUUAUUUAAAUAGCUCAACCCUCUUCCUGUCCUUCUUUUUCUCGAAAGCCACAUUAUUGAAAAAAAGAAAAAAAUAGAGAAAAAAAGUAUGGCAUCUGAAAGGACCACGAGCCAGGAAGAACAAAACCAUCUGAGUUUGCUCUUUCACGCCUAUGAUGUGGAUAAUUCAGGGCGCAUUGAAAAAAAUGAAUUUUCUAUUAUCUGCAAAGAACUCAAUGUGUCCUCCCAAGAAGCAGAGUGCAUUUUCAACCGCCUGGACGUCGACAAAGACGGGACAGUGACCUUAGAGGAGUUCAUCAGCAGCUUUCAAGAACAACACCAGGAAGAACACGAUGACGCCGGAGAAAACAAGAGCUCCUCAACUGUGGAAGGAUUUUCAAUCAGCGAAGGACAUGUCGCAUCCAGCAGGCAGCCACAUCCCCACAUCCAGGGAAUGAGCGCAGAGGAGCAGGAGCGGCUGCGCGCCCUCUUUCACACCUACGACGUGGACAACUCCGGGCGGAUCGAGAAGAACGAGUUUCUCACCAUCUGUACGGAGCUGCAGGUGUCCGCGGCCGAGGCGGACCGGAUUUUCAGCCGGCUGGACAUCGACGACGACGGAACCGUCACCCUCCAGGAGUUCAUCACCGGGUUCCACGACCGCUACGGAGACUUCAUGGAGUCAGACGGAGGAGACGUGUCCGCCGGCUGGGAGAACUUCGAGAGGAGGCUGGGAGAGCAGGCAAAGUUCAUCCCCAGGGAUGAACAGGCAGCAACACUGUACCAGAACAUCAGCCUGACUGAGCCCAGACUGAUUCCUCACUUUGAGAAAGUCAUCCUUAACUUCACCAAAGAAAUCAAACAGCAGAACUCAGAGAUGGAGAACCUGGCGCUCGCAAUUAAACGAGCUCAGGACCAAGCAGCAAUGCAGCUCAGCGAGAUGGAGGAGGAGAUGGACCAACGUAUUCAUGCUGCAGAAAGAAGAACUCGAGAGCAGGAGAAAAAGCAAGCAGAGGCCGCGCUAAAUGAAUUAAGAAGAGGUUAUGAAACUGAAGUGUGUGAGCUGCAGUGUAAGGUCCAGAGGAUGCAGAUGAUUGAAGAGAAGUACAAGAACAUCGCUGUGAAAGAUGAGAGUUCAGCUCUGAAGAAGAGGAUCAGUGAGCUAACACUGGAAAACCAGAAGAUAAAACAGGAGCUGCUGAAGUCUCAGACCAAAGUUGCCUGUUUGCAGAGUGAGAUGGACUCGUUGAAAACAGAGUUAACAGACCAAAGCAUCAACUCUGAACGAGAUGAGGAGCUCAUGCAACACUUCUCUGAUGAGCGAGACAUCCUGGAGAGUCAGAUCGAGAUUCUGCAGACAGCUAACAGGAAGCUUCAUGACAGUAACGAUGGUCUGAGAGCUGCUCUGGAGAGGAUCGCAAAGUCUGGUAGCGGUGGGUCACCAGAGGUUAAGAACAGAAACAGAAGUAAAAGCAUCGGCUACACAUCACCAUUCGUCCUAAUGGACAGGGUCUGCCGGCGUGCAGACGAUUUUCCUCUGUACACCCACCGGCCCAGCUGCGACACUCUGGCCUUGGCCAUGUGUGACCCCGGCCUGAGGCGCCGACACAGCAGCGAGUGCGAGGAGGACAGUCUGCCGGAGAUCUACGUGGACAGCGGCAUGUCGACGCUCAGAGGCUCGCACGGAGGCUACGACUCAGAGCAUGACGUCAAAGGUCAAGAAGAAGAGGAAGAAGAAGAGAGGCAGGAGAAGAAGAAGGAAGGGGAGGAUUACAACAAUGACAGCAUGAUGGGAGAAAACUCUGACACUGAUCCAGCAGAGACUCAGGACGGCGAAUACUCAUUCGGGUCAGACAGCAGCUCAGUUCUGGACUGGAAGCCAUCAGAAUCAAUCAGCAUCCCAACACCUGAUGCACCAACAAUGAGGAAAGCCCUCAGUGCCAUCAGUGUUCAGAAGGAGGAGAAGGAGAGUGCUGAUCUGGGUUACAUGACAUCAGAGAAGGCCUACAGGAUCGUGUUAGCUGGAGAUGCUGCUGUGGGAAAAUCCAGCUUCCUGCUCCGCCUCUGCAAGAAUGAGUUCAAACUGAACUCCAGCGCCACUCUGGGAGUGGAUUUCCAGAUGAAGACACUGAUCGUGGAUGGAGAGCCUGUUUUACUACAACUGUGGGACACUGCAGGACAGGAGAGGUUUCGGAGUAUCGCAAAGUCGUAUUUCCGCCGGGCAGACGGCGUGUUGCUGCUGUACGACGUCACCUGUGAGAAGAGCUUCCUGAAUGUCAGAGACUGGGUGGACGUGAUUGAGGAUGUAUCCCGUGAAAAUAUUCCCAUCAUGCUUGUGGGUAAUAAGUGUGAUCUCAGACAAGAUCCAGUGAACUGUGUUCCUUUCAGCUAUGGCGAAAAACUGGCCAUGACAUACAACACUCUCUUCUGUGAAACUAGUGCUAAAGAUGGCUCCAACAUCCUGGAGGCUGUGCUGCACCUGGCCAGGCAGGUAACAAAGUAUGCCACCUUUGAGGAAAAAAGUCGCUAUCAGUCGAUGCCCAAAUUAGACGCUCCAAGGAAAAAACCAAACUUCUCUUGCUGCACCUGAUUGAACUCGUCAGCGCUGGACCUCCACUUGUAAUUGUAUGUGAACUCAUAACAAGUGGAACAAGGAAAUGAAAAAAAAGCAUAAACCUGACAAAACAACAACAGGAACAAUCAUCAUCAUGAACAGCCAGAAGAAUUUUACAUGUGGAUGGUCCGUACAGACCUGUUGCUUUGUGAAAGUUACAUUCACUUUCUAUUAUGCUAUUACACAUAUUUCACAGAUGUUUCCCAGAACACACAGUUUCCUACACUGGUGCUGCCAUGUUGUGAAGAUGCAAGAAAAGUAUGAAAAGAGAACAACACCUGGGAAAGUGUAAAAUUCAUGAGAAGAAAGUGAAGCAAAGUAUAUGAAUGUGAUAGAAAAGUGAUAUUUUCAUGUGAUGAGAAAAGUAAUUGCAGAUGACAGAGGACAGAAAGUUAGUUUAGUAGAUGGUUCAUAUGUGAAAAUAACACAAAUAACAAUAGACUCAUACCUGGUCAUAUUAUUAUAAACUCAUCUCAUGACUUUAGUUAUCUUUAGUUUAUGUUCUGGAAUAAAAAGUUUAUUCAGCAUG